UUGGGUCAGUUUUGUAGUAUCCGUGGUUUGUAGCAGCCACUCCGUAAGAGAAUGCACUGGACAUUAAUGACGUGGAAUAUCCCAACCAUCAAGCUUUCAGUCUCUUACUCCCACCUCUGUCUCCGCUACGGAGUAAAAUGGCUUCAGGCACCGCAUAUCGCUGGAGUCACCCGGCUAGGGAUGUUCUCAAUUUAUACCGUGAUCCAUGGGAUUCCAAGGCCCCAAGGAAGUUGUAUAAAGCUCCUCGCAACAGAGUGAAAGCCAGGAAACUGCUAUCUACACCUCUGGUGAGCCAGCUUCCAGUCGAAAUACUCCAUCAGAUUCUUUUCGAGCUCGAUCUACUCAGUCUGGGGAUGCUGCGUCGAGUCAACACGAUAACAAGACGCCUGGUAGAAUCCUUCCCCGCGUACCAUCUACUGAGAAAGCACGCCUCGGACACGCUGCGUGUCAUGGACGCUACCAAGUGCACUUCACAUUUCCCAAUUCGCUGGCUAGACGAAGAGUUCUGCCACCCCUGGUGCCGAAAAUGCGGCGACUUUGGUCCCUUUAUUUACCUCCCCACCAUCUCGCGCUCGUGCUUUCAAUGCAGUCUUUCUCAUCGCGAGUAUCGAGUGGCAGCGGUGCCUAAUCUCGUAUUCCACUUCGGGCUCUCUGAGACACAUAUCAAGUCUUUGCCGAUUAUCUACGCUCUCCGCGCGGGCAAAAAGCGCCGGAGACGGUUUGUCGAUGUUACCCAGGCUAAAGAUUUGGGGAAACGGGUUCAUGGAGGAUUGGAGAAUAUGAGGGAAAGUUUCCAGGAGCGGUUGAAGGCAUAUGACAAGAAGUAUGAACUGGAACUCGAGAAGUAUCAGAAAAGAGCGGGUGACAGGGCUGGUCGACCCCGUCUUUGCCAACCGUCUUAUCUGCGACGGGUCAGCAAAUAUAUGUCCAAGUAUUGGAGGCUGAAGGCGACAACUUCAUUUCCAUACUGGAAUCGCCAGACAAGCACCUUGGAACCGGGCGCUUACUGUCGAGCUUGUACCUACCGCUGGGAGGAGGAGGAGGAGGAGGAGGAAGACGGUUCGGUUUUGGAUUCUCAACCCCAGAUAAAAAAGGACUAUGAUCGAGCAUUUUUGGAGGCGGACUUGCCUCAGCACUUCCUACAUUGUCCGGCAGUGAAGGAGAAUUACAAUUUCCAGAAAAAAAAGAGGUGGUGCGAUCACCAUAAGAGGGCUGGGACUGAUUUCAUAGUUAGUGCUAAUAGUUCAGGGAGAAAGGGCUAAUAUGAAGGAAAGUUGUCGAAUUAUGGAACGGGAAUAUGAUCUAGAUAUCAUCUAGAGAGAUGUCAAAGAACAAUCGCCGGUCCCACUUUGAUGACUGUUGUGAUGCUGUACCUUGGAUCAGCUUUGUAGUAUCCAUGGUUGGUAGCUGUCAUGCUGUUACAAGGAGUACUCCAUACUGACUCAGCCGUAUAGACGGGUAUAGAGUCUAUAUCCAUAUUCUAUCCCUACUCAUAGCAAGGGCACAAUAUAUC